UGCCACUCUGCAGUUGAUCCAGCAGCAGGAGGCAGCUGUAACCAUCACUGUCCUCAGAGUACUUUUAAGAACAAGGAGGUCUCUGCCCACGGCAGCCCAAGCAGAUUCCCAUCCAUCAUGACUGCCAUCCGACUACGAGAAUUUAUUGAGCGUCGCCCAGUGAUCCCGCCAAGUAUAUUCAUUGCUCACCAAGGAAGAGACGUUCAAGGCUAUUACCCUGGGCAGCUGGCAAGACUCCAUUUUGAUCAUAGUGCAAAGAGAGCUCCCAGACCGCUCAUAGACUUGACAAUUCCACCCAAGACAAAAUAUCACUAUCAGCCUCAAUUCGACCAACAAACACUCAUUCGAUAUAUUUGUCUUCGAAGACAUUCAAAGCCUGCUGAGCCAUGGUAUAAAGAAACCACUUACCGAAGAGACUAUUCUCUGCCAUUUUAUGAGAUUGAUGGAGUUUCACUCUGUCGCCCAGGCUGGAGUGCAGUGGCACCAUCUGGGACCUCCACCUCCCAGGUUCAAGCGAUUCUCCUGCCUCAGCCUCCCAAGUAACUGGGAUUACAGAUUGGAACCAGAAAUUAGCCACAGUUUCGCUGAAUCCUCGACCGCUGAAUUCACUGCCAGAGCUCUACUGUUGUGAAGAGAGAAGCAGCUUUGAAAGAAAUGCUUUUAAACUAAAAUAACCACGGCAUUCGAACAAAAUAA